GAAUGGGGAAGUUUGAGAUUUUGGGGAGAUGGUCUCCAUUUUGGCCUGUUUUCUUGCUGGGUUUUGCUUUGGUAAUAGGACGUGGAGCGCAGGGCUGGAGCAAAGAGGGUCAUAUCAUGACAUGUCGGAUUGCGCAGGAUCUUCUAGGGUCUGAGGCAUUAGAAGCUGUUCGAAAUUUGUUACCCCAUAAUGUUAAUGGCGACUUGUCAGCCUUAUGUACAUGGCCUGACCAAAUCCGGCAUUGGUACAAGUACCGGUGGACAAGCCCACUUCACUUCAUCGACACACCCGAUAACGACUGCACAUUCGGUUAUGAAAGGGACUGUCAUGAUCAGCAUGGCGUAGCUGACAUGUGUGUUGCGGGUGCCAUUCAAAACUUCACUUCUCAGCUCGUGCACUACAAAGAGGGAAGUGCCGAUCGUCGAUAUAAUAUGACUGAGGCCUUGUUAUUCUUGUCACACUUUAUGGGAGAUAUCCAUCAGCCAAUGCACGUUGGAUUUACAAGCGAUGAAGGAGGAAACACCAUAAAUCUCCGCUGGUUUAGGCGCAAAUCUAAUCUGCAUCAUGUGUGGGAUAGGGACAUUGUUCUAACAGCUCUAUCAGAUUAUUAUGAGAAGGACAUGGACCUCCUCCUAGAAGCCAUACAGGCAAACUUCACCGAUCUGCAGGGAAUCUGGUCUUCUGAUGUUACAUCAUGGGAGCAUUGUGAAGAUAUUCAUUCAUGUGUUACCAAGUGGGCUGGAGAGAGCAUAAACAUAGCUUGUAAAUGGGGUUACAAAGGAGUUGAAUCCGGUACAACAUUGUCAGAUGAUUACUUCGACUCAAGGAUGCCAAUUGUCAUGAAACGAAUUGCUCAGGGCGGAGUUCGAUUAGCUAUGAUUUUGAACCGCGUUUUUGGUGACUCCGACGAAGGAUUUGCAGUACCAACUUGAGCCCGGCCGCCAACGUACCCAUGACAGCUUUACUGUUCAUCAUAUUUCUCUUUUAACCAAUUUGUCCGUAGUUAAUGUUUGUAUUUAAUGACUAAUCCCCUAGGUUAGUCAUUGACUAAUUGUGCAACAUAUUUCUCAACAAUAUCAUUAAAUAAUUAA